CCUCAGGGGGUUGGCCAGAUACAUUCCUGGCCCUCAGAAGAGAGAAAAAGCGAUCUCACCCCACGAAUCUGUCUGGACAGGGGCAGAGAUUGCAGAAAAGGAGACAGAAGCAGGGAGUGGAGGUGGGGUGAGGGUGGGGCUGGGGAGCAACUCCUGAGGACCCCCAGGUCAGGACCCCCACUAGAGAAAAGCAUCCAUUUAUCACAAGAUACAAAUGACUCCUUUGUCAUUCGGUUCUGACUUCAUGCAUUGACUGGGAGGCAGCAGAAACCAGGUUGAUUAAUCUGACAGAAAUCCCUUCAGUUGCCUCCACAUUCUGCAUUGCUAGAAGGCUAGAGACUUAUUUCUUCUCCUCUUCCUCCUCCUCUUUCUUUUCAAAAUGAUAGCUCAUGGUCUGGGAUGUGGUGCAGUCCAGCCCUUGUUCCCAGCGAGACUCAUCCAUGCUUGCUCAGGGAACCAUUUUUUCCCCUGUCCUACAAAUUCUAUAACAGAACAAUGUAUUUGCUUUGUAGGAUUUACUGCAGCUUCUCAUUUAGACGGACAGAACUUGGCAGAAGACCAAAGGGUUACUUCUGAUCUCUCAGAGGCUUCCUGAGAGCACAGAUGGAUGAGCAAGACUCAGCUGGCCCAGGAACAGGAAGAGGCCAUGCCAACCAAACUGGGAGCAGUGGGGGGUUCUGGGAAAACUCUGUGCAGAAGAUCCUGGGUGAGGAGGACACCCUCCGCUCAGUGGUGCAGAGCCAGCAGGUGAGGCAGUUCUGCUUCCAGGAGGCCAAAGGACCCCGAGAGGUUUGCAGCCGACUCUACCACCUUGACCAUCAGUGGCUGAAGCCAGAAAGGCACACGAAAGCUGAGAUGUUGGACCUGGUGAUCUUGGAGCAGUUCCUGGCUGUCCUUCCCCGGGAGAUGGAGAGCUGGGUGAGGGAAUGCGGAGCGGAGACCAGUUCCCAGGCGGUGGCCCUGGCCGAAGGUUUCCUCCUGAGUCAGGCAGAGGAGAGAAAGCAGGGAAAGGAUCUCUUUGCAGAAAUGGACCUGGAUUCCUGUGAGGCAGAGAGGCCUCCGUUGGACACCAGAGAGAGGCCACUGGGUAAGGAGGAAGGUGGUUGGGAACAAGGGUCCAGAAGAGGGGAGAUAUAUUUCUGCACAACAAACAUAUGA